AUGAGGCGACCGAAAGAGUUCACAACCGACCAGGGCAAACGCAUUGUUGAGCUUCCCGCUGACGUGCGCAUGUCCAAGUUCAUUCGCAGUCGGGAGUUGUCCGAACAAGGGGAGGCUCUCGCCGGCACCGAGCCGUAUCUCAUCCGCAGCGGGCCCUAUCGCGAACUGGUGAUCAGCCAGCCCGACCAGGUCCACGAAUUCUACCGCAGCGACAGCAAGAGCCACACCAAGCCCCGUAAUCUGAACCUGGGCGAGCCCUUUGGCCGCUUCCUGGGCCCCUGUGUCGGGGUGCAGUACGGCGACCACUGGCGGGCGAUCCGCAAGCACUUCGACCCGCCCUUCGCCUUCCACCCGGUCGCCCAGCGCAUCCCCCGGUUCCAGCGGGAGAUCGAGGCCUGGCUGGAGAGCAAGGCCCCGACGGCGACCAGCGAGCUCGACAGCAAGGUCGAUUUCCGGUUCUUGGUCUUCAAGCUGCUCUCACUGCACCUGUAUGAAGAUGCGUUCGAUGAUCGAUCCUACUGGACGCUGCUGGAGCUGAACGACCAGCACGACGCCAUCAUGAUGGACAUGCUGGUCAGCAAGCACCCAGACUCCAAGUUCUACAACCUGCUGCCCAGCGCCCCCCGCAAGCGACUCCAGGAAUUCCACACCCGCUGGCAGGAGUUCAACCGCCUGAUCGUCGAGAACGCGCGUGUCGGCGGCUGGGCGUGUCCCGUCGAGACGAUCUACCGCGGCGUGGAGCCAGACAAAGACUUCACCGAAGACGCCUUCCUAGCAACCAUGACCGAGAUCCUCUUCGCCAACGUCAACAUCAGCGCCGAGGUCUUCCGCACCAUCUUCACCAACCUCGCCGCCCACUCCCGCAUCCAGACGGCGCUCCGCCAGGAGAUCCGGGACUGGAAGGCGAAGCCCGACUUCGAUCUGUCCAAGUACCUCGCGAAGCAGGAUACCUUGCUCAACCGCGUGCUAAUGGAGAGCAUGCGCAUCUCGCCUGCAUUCUGGUUCUCCAUGCCCGAAGCUACGGCAGAGCCCAAGAAAAUCGGCGGGUACAACAUCCCCGCCGGCACACCGGUGGUGAUCGACACGCGCCGCCUGAACAACGGGGCUGCCACCUGGGGCGCGACCGGCGCGGACCGGUUCGACCCGGAUCGGUUCUUGAAGGUGGCCAGCCAGGACCUGCGCUGCGGGUUCAUGCGGUUUGGGACGGGGGCGGCGUCGGGACGGUGUUUGGGCAAGAACGUGGCGGAUGCGGUGUUUAAGCUGACGGUGAUGGAGGUGUUGGAGCGGUUUCGGCUGGAGAGCGUGAGCGAGAGUGGCAAGGAGGCGCGGAAGGUCGAUGUCCGGUUGGUGGCGUUGAAGUAA